CGCGUCCAAUUUGUUUCAAUGGCGCUAGUGUGACUCAGAGUGAAGCGUUUGGUUUGUUCUUUUGUGGAAAUUUAAUAGAGGUUAUGGAGUAACAAAUAUAUUUUGUACAUUAGUUAUUAUAAAUCACAUGUAAAAUGGAGAAACGAAAAGAAUCUUUGAGUGCAUUAAAACUGUGUAGAUUUUGUUUAUGUCAAGACAAUUCCAUAACAAACUUGUAUGACAGAUCAAGAAAACCUAAAAAUGCAAUUCCUCUGUCCGUCAAAAUUCUAUCAAGCAUAUCUAUCGAGAUAUUUCCAUCAGACAAGAUGCCAUCAUUUAUAUGUAAUCGGUGUAGAUUCUUCAUGGAUAUUUGUUAUGAAUUUAAACAACUUUGCCAUCAAACGGAUGAGACCAUCUUGAAUUAUAUUCAAAAUGGAACUCCAAUGGAAAGCAUUGCAUGGCCUUCUCAACUUACUAAACUGUAUAAAUCUGCUAAAACAAUCUUGAAGGAGCCUGUGAUCAACUCUAUAGUCGAGGGUGGUGCAACAGUCCAUGUAACCUCCCAAGAAUAUGACAGUGAGGAUGAUGACAAUAUGUAUAAUGUAAAGAUUAAUGAAUUGGAAGAUGGAUCUGAAAUGAUCAAAAAUGAAACAGAUUUUGCCAAAGAAACAACCUCCAGGAAAGAGUUUUCCUCGGUAUCAAAAUUGACUAGACACGUUCGCUCUCACGCAGGCAAAAGGGCUUACCCAUGCAAGUAUUGCAAUAAAAGCUUUAUAAAGUCACAUCACUACACAAGGCAUUUACGUGUUAAGCACCGCCUAGCGCUACAUGGCAAUCGAGGCCCCUUCGGACAGAUGGAGCAAUUUCGGUGCGAGCAAUGUGAGGACACAUUCACUACACAGGAUGAACUCAUAUAUCACUCGGCCAUACACGCCACCCAGAAUCUCACCUGUCCACUCUGCCAGGAGAAGUUCGAAAAUGUUGAUGCUGUCACUACACAUAUUAAGUCACAUGUUAAUGGUAUAGAGUUCAUGUGCGACCUGUGCGAACUAGUCUUUACUUCGAAGGAAAAACUCGACUGCCAUCUAACUACCGCGCAUGAGGAUGAGCUACGGAAUUCGCAAGACUCCUCUAUGGAGAUGGAUGCGGAAGAUGAGGAUGAUGAUAACGGAAUCAAUGUGAAAGAAGAAGGAGACCACAUGAUAGUUGAAAUAAAGAAAGCAGAUAACUUUAUGCUCAAUGUACCGGAUGAAUCUGAAUCCAAAAUUGACAACACUAAUUCUGAAGAGAGUGAAUCGGAAGCGACCUAUACGGAGCUGUCGACAGUAGAUACUUUAGCCGUAGUGAGGAAGGAAUCGCUUGUCAAAACACCCGAGAAAGUGCCACCCAAGCGGACUACAGCUACACCCAUCGUAUCCGCCACACCCGCCGCAUCUGUUACGCCCGUCGCAUCUGUCACGCCCACCGCAUCUAUCACUUCCACCGCAUCUGUCACUCCUGCCGCAACCGCAGCCGCAACGCCUGGCAACAGUAGCAAAAAUGACACUAAACAGACUGCAAGUAUCCUACGUAAAGCUGAAGAGAUAAAGAGAAAAGCCCAACAAUCCACAUUAGAAACAAACAAAUUAUCUGAAGAAAAGAAUAAAGAAAAACCCAAUAAUAAAGUUGAGAGCACAAACAGCGUUGGCGCAAGUGAUAAAUCCUUGCGUCUACUAGAAAAAGAAUUACAAGACUUAAAAAGGACUAACUCUCGCAGUGAACCAGCUAAGAUGCCUGCAAAGAAUUCAGAUACAUUCAGGCUUAGGCGACCACAGAUUCAUACAUCCACUCCAAAACAGAGGCUCGAUGAAAAGAAACCACAACCACCAUUGAAGACAGCAAUAGAAAAGAAAGUGCCUGAACGUCGAACAAUCACAAAAGAGAACAAGGAGCCAAAAGAAAUAAAGGAAGUCAAAACGUCCAACACAAAUGUUAAAGAUAAUAAUGAGAAAGAACUAAAAGAAAAGGAACUGAAAGAAAAAGAAGUAAAGGAAAAAGAACUUAAAGAGAAAGAGCUUAAAGAAAAAGAUGCAUCAAAAAGUGUUAUUAAGAAUGGCAACAGUGAUAAAAAUAGUUCAGAGGAUAACGUUCGUCGUUCCACGCGGCCCUCCAAGAUCAAGGAUUAUGCGAAAAUGAUACGCGACAGAACCCAAGAAUCAGAAGAAGAGGACUCUGAUAUGGAUGAUGAAGAAUAUGAUGAAAAACAAACUGAUAGUCGAGUCAAGGUACGACGCAAUAAAGUGCCUCCGAAACCUAACCAACAGGCUAGUUCCAGCCCGACUGCCGUUGCCACGCCAGCCACUAGGAAGCGAGGUCGUCCGCGCAAAGACCAACCGAAAGAAGUACCCAAUAAAUUAAAGAAAGAGGAACAAACCGAAGAAGAUGUUAAAGAAAAGAAAGCAGAAACACCAAAUGAUAAAAAGAAAUCGCCAAGUCCUGAAAAAGAAAAUAAAAAUGAAGAUGCAUCUGAAAAUCGUGAAACGGAGCCGAACAAGACAUCUGAUAAUAGUGAAACAAAAUCACCAUCUGAUGUUUUAGUGUCACCAACAGGACAAACUUUAAAAAAAGUACCCAUAAAGGCUCUGCCACCAGGAGUCAAGCCCCUUCCAUUACCCGCCACUACCAGACCUAUAGGUACUGGGGAGUUGUGCGAAAUGCAAAUCGGUAAAAAAAUGGUCAAAGUACAAAAGAUUGUGAUGACCAAGGCCGAAGUUGAAGCUAUGGCUAAAAAGGGUUUAGUAGAAAUGAAGGAUGGCACAAUGGUAUUGAAACAAGGAAUCAAAUUACCAACUGCUGACCCACUCGCGCUUAAAUCAACCUUAGUCGGCGAAAAAGAAACCUUGAAAGAAUCUCCAGCGAAGAAAAUAAAAACGGACGAGAGCAAGAAUUUAUAAAAAAAAAUGCUUAGUACUAUACAUAAUAUUUUCUUCAAAUGAAACAAUUCAUAAAUUAUCUAUAUUGUACGAUAAGCAUAUCGUAUUUUGUUAUAAGAAAUAGAUCUACUUAGUGACGUAAAGUGUGUAAUAUUUCCAAAUAGAUUUGAUUAGAUUAUAGCCUAUAGGUAUUCUCGUGAAGAUUCACUGAUUGUAAAGUAUUUAAUUUCAUCACAAAAUUCUUCACAAAAAAAUAUUACUACAAAUUGUGUAUAACAACAAGAAUUAAUCUUGCAACUCGCGUCGACACCGCAAGCCACGGAAGUGAAAAAACUAUAUCAUACAGAUAGAGAUGCGGUUAUGUAUAAUCACAUCUCUGUCUUUGUGCUAUCAAUUAGACAUAAAAUGAAAUAAUGUUAAUUAAGUAUAUAUAUAUAUAUAUAUAUAUAUAUAUAUAUAUAU